AUGGAUGCAUUCGAAUAUAAUGCGAACCCUGGACGAGUCGUCUUCGGCAGUGGUACUCUCCAGAAACUGCCCGAUGAGAUCUCCAGACUCAAUCUGAAGGCUCCACUGGUGUUGUCGACACCACAGCAGGUCAGCCAAGCGGAGAUGGUCAAGGAUGUCCUAAAGGGGAAGGUAGCCGGUAUCUUUAAUGAGGCUACGAUGCACACUCCUACACACAUUACAGAAAAGGCUCUCGAGUAUGCGAAGUCUCAAAAUGCUGAUUUGGUCAUCUCUAUCGGCGGUGGAAGCACCAUCGGGCUGGGGAAAGCCAUCAGCAUCCGUACGGGCUUGCCUCACAUUUGCAUUCCAACCACCUAUGCGGGAAGUGAAAUGACUCCUAUCUUGGGUGAGACGGCCGAUGGUUUGAAGAAGACACGUUCGGAUCCUAAAAUCCUUCCUGGAACUGUCAUUUACGAUGUCGACCUUACUAUGACACUGCCACCAGCAAUGAGUGCUACCAGUGGUGUGAAUGCUAUCGCUCAUGCCGUCGAAGCACUCUAUGCCCGCAAUACUAACCCCGUCAUCAACUUGAUGGCCGCCGAGGGUACCCGGGCACUAGCAUCAGCCCUUCCUGAGAUUGUCGAGAAUCCCACAUCACAAUCUGCCCGGGCGUCGGCUCUGUAUGGAGCUUGGCUCUGCGGAACCUGCCUUGGUAGUGUGGGUAUGUCUAUCCACCAUAAACUAUGCCAUACUUUAGGUGGCAGUUUCAACUUGCCUCAUGCAGAGACACAUACAGCGGUGUUACCCCAUGCAAUCUCUUACAAUGCGCCGAAGAUUCCAGAGGCAAUGAAGAAGCUGGCUGAAGCACUUCCCGAUAGCAAUGGUGAUGCUGUCCAGGGUUUAAACGCCUUGUUGUCUAAAUUGCAAGUCAAGCGAGGCCUUAAGGACUUUGGCAUGAAGGAGGAAGAUAUCGAUAAGGCAGCCGAUAUUGCUGUUAGCAACCCCUACUGGAAUCCACGGGAGAUCGAGCGCGCACCAAUCCGUGAAUUGAUUCGACGUGUUUGGGCUGGGGAGCCAGCACGGGCGGAUUUGUAG